CACCAUGAAAACCGGCUUCCAAUUUAUACCGGAAAACCGAGCCCUAAACUAUAUUCCUGCAUCGAGAUUUUUCUGGGAAGCACCCAAGGCUCCCAACACAUCGCUCUACAACUACCCGCUGGAGCUAUGGAGCACCAUCCCCGAGUCGGAACUCAUCACCAAACUGUGCGUGUUUGUACCGAUCAUCCUGUUCGGUUUGCUCGGCAAUGGCAUACUGCUGGAAGUAAUCUUCUCCAACCGCACACUACGCACUCCAAGCCAUCUGCUGAUAGCGAACCUGGUGGUGACCGAUUUCCUCACCCUACUCGUAUGUCCCAUCUUCUUUAUGACGCACGACUUCUUCCAGAACUAUCUGCUAGGGCCGGUGGGAUGUAAACUCGAAGGACUUAUUGAAGGAGGACUACUGGUCACAUCCGUUCUUGGUAUGUGCGUCAUCAGCUACGACCGCCUGUCGGCAGUGGUACUGUCGUCCGGUACGCGGCUAAAAGGACGCGGUACCGUAGCAGCGAUCGCUUUCUGCUGGAUCGUUGGAUUUAGCAUUGCAAUGCCACUGUCCCUAUACCGGCACUUCAAGGUUCGCAACUGGAAGAAUCUGAUCGAGAUGUACUGCUACGAGGAUCGCACCAUACUGGCAACGUACUGGGAGUUUCUACUCGUAAUGCUCGUAUGGGUACCGCUCGGUGUAAUGCUUGUAGCCUACACGCUUAUCAUAGUGAAGCUGGAUCGCUACGAACGGAAUGCACUCCGCCGGCAGCAUCCGAUGGUGGUGCGGUACAAAAGCCGUGUAGCGAAGACACUGUACAUUGUCCUGCUGGCGUUCAUUGUCGUUCGUGUGCCGUUCACCAUCAUGGUGUUCGUUUACUACAACAUAGAGCCUAUCGAGUAUUAUCAGUUCAGCGAAAGCUUCGUCUUUGUGUGGUGGUUAGCAAAAGUGGCCUUCAUCUUUCUGAACGCCGCCGUCAAUCCACUCAUCUACGGUCUUACGAACAAAACCUUCAAAAAGGCCCUUCGAGGAUCCAAGAUUUUACAGUGCUUAUGUCGACUGCCUCCCGAAGAGGUAUCGACACAAGUUCCCUCUAUCACCAAAGCUAGCAGCAUUUGCUGUUGUUUCUCGAGGACAAAUUCGGAAGACAUGGAGCAAUCGUCGCAGGAAGAUAAAACACUCAAUCGGUCUCGAUUUUCCCGUGUCAGCAAGCGUUUUCGUGCCUCAUGGCUAAACUCAACGUUCAAAAACAGGCACCCGAAGAAUGAAACCACUGUAGAUGAUAAAUCUUAAGUUAG